AUGCCGCUUCGCCUUGACGUUCCUGGCGAUGGAACGCCACCUACCAGACUGUACCGCAGAAAAAGUCUCAAACUGACCCGAGCACCCUCUGCUCAAGCUGAGACUGAAGCCAAAGAACCCGACUUUCUACUUACCUCUCUGCCUACUCCAAAAGUGCCAAUGGAAGUAUUGGAACAAAUUAUCUUCUUUUAUGCAGAGGAUGCUUUGGCACUGGAUGAUCUUCUAGACUGCAGGAGGUCGGCUUUCAGAAACUUUAUAAAAUCGUGCACUUUGGUCUCCAAAGACUUUCGUUUCCUCGUUCUUCGUCGGUUUUUUGAACAAAUCUCCUUUGAAAAUACAAAGCACUCCAAGGCACUGUUUGGAUAUCUGGCUGAGGUCGACCUGGGAUACAAGAUGCUGGGUUGGACUGGCGGCUAUUUCUGGGUCAGGUCUUUAAGCACCGCAUCGUUCCUUAUCCGUUUUAACACACGAAAUCUCAAGAACCUGACUCACCUCUCCAAUCUUGCUAUUGACUUUGCUCAUUCAGGCCUCAUACUUCAGUCUGUGGCGCUCACGGAGAUGUUUAACUCAAUCGCACAGCCGAAUAUUGCCUGGGGCUUGACAAGCUUGACGCUAACAAGACUUCCUCGCAUUGACGUUCAUCUUCUUACUCUGAUUUCAACAAGUUUUCCUGUGCUCGUUAAGCUUCACAUCAGCUCUAUCGAAGCUCUAGAUGACUGCUGUCCAAGCUGUUAUGAAAAUAGUCAGAUGCGCAUGGUGCAUUCUCCAGUGGAUGACCUAUACCCUGACAUCGCAUCUUUGACCGACGCCAUUGGGAGCUCAUUAGCUCCUCUAAAAAACUUGACAGACCUUUUCAUUGGCGUCUUUCUUUCUCGAUCCAAUCUUCUCGACCUGCACAUAACUCACGCAAAGAGUAACAUUGACAUGGACCAACUUUUCGUCGCCGCCAUCGCAUUGUGCCCUCUCUGCGAGAUUCACCGUAAACCCACCAAAGAGGCCGAGCUCACUGCAAGCCUCUGUCUUGCCCGACACCUGGACUCUUUGAAGCGUAUUGGUUGGGGCACCUGCUUCGACCGUUCUUUGGAAAUCGAACGCUCGAGAAAGGAACCAAACACAAUUGAGGGGUCUCGUCAGACAAAUCGAAUGGGUAAAAUAUCUGACGAGGUCAUUAUCGAUCGACCUUCGACUACGGCAGACGCUGGACUAGACAGGCUGUCGACAUUGCUUUCCAUUGCUAGGACUGACGAAACGAUUAGAAUACGGCGACUUUACUAA